AUGUGGCUCCCAAGAGCUGAGCAAGUCUCUGACAGUGCGAGUGGAGCGCAGGAGGUUGAUGAAGAGCUACGCCUGUUGUUGGCUGAUUUCUUCAACAAGGAAAAGGAAUUGGAGGUAGCUACCUUAGCCGCAAAAGACACAAAAGAAGCUGCUGCCACCUCUUUUGAUCAAGCCAAAGAUCUAUGUAAUGAGUUAUAUGGUAGGCAUUUAUCAAGACCCACUCCAGCUGGAAUGGACAAAGAAGAGGCACAAUUGGAUGAUGAUAAUCUAUCAAUCUUAUCUCGUUGGAUACCGCCUGCUAUUGAUUCACUUUGA